AUGCUUGAAUUAAUGGCCCUCCCUCCCUUGCCUGCAAAAUUAGGGCAAGUUCUGAACAAUAACAACCUUGUCAUUGCCGAAGCUUGUUCUUCUAUCUUUCAGUAUACAAUCAUGGACAUAUCUACAGCUGUACUUCUUUUUGCUGCUGUAACUACUUAUCUACUGUGGUUCACAUUCAUCUCACGGUCACUAAAGGGUCCACGUGUAUAUCCCUUACUUGGCAGUCUUCCAGGCUUGGUUGAGAAUUGUGACCGCUUGCAUGACUGGAUCUGUGACAACCUCCGCGCGUGUGGUGGCACGUACCAGACUUGCAUCUGUGCAAUACCCUUUUUAGCCAAGAAGCAAGGCCUCGUGACUGUCACGUGUGACCCGAGAAACAUAGAGCAUCUCUUGAAGACCCGGUUCGACAAUUACCCAAAGGGACCUACAUGGCAAGCCGUGUUCCAUGAUUUUCUUGGUGAAGGGAUCUUCAACUCUGAUGGCGACACGUGGCUGUUCCAGCGUAGGACUGCCGCACUGGAAUUCACCACCAGGACUCUACGCCAAGCCAUGGCUAGAUGGGUGAGCCGAGCCAUCAAGCUGAGAUUCUGCCCUUUUCUUGAAACAGCUCAGAAGAAAGGUGAGCCGGUUGAUCUACAAGACUUGUUGCUUCGGCUCACGUUUGACAACAUCUGUGGCUUGGCUUUUGGCAAGGACCCACAAACAUGUGCACCAGGGCUCCCUGAUAACAGCUUUGCUUCAGCUUUCGACCGAGCAACUGAAGCCUCACUUCAGAGAUUCAUUUUGCCAGAAGUUUUGUGGAAGCUCAAAAAAUGGCUUCACCUUGGCUUGGAAGUCAGCUUGAACAGAAGCUUAAUCCAGCUGGACGAUUACCUCACGGACGUUAUAGACACACGUAAGCAAGAAUUAUUGAAUCAACAAAAAGAUGGUGAUCCACAUGAUGAUUUGCUAUCAAGAUUCAUGAAGAAGAAGGAAUCCUACUCAGACACUUUCCUUCAACACGUGGCACUCAAUUUCAUCCUUGCUGGACGUGACACGUCGUCAGUUGCGUUGUGCUGGUUCUUUUGGCUCCUCACGCAAAACCCAUCAGUGGAGGAGAAAAUCUUGCAUGAAAUUUGCACGGUUCUGAUUGAGACACGUGGUGAUGAUGUGGCAAAAUGGGUUGACGAGCCGUUAGGGUUCGAAGAACUUGACAGAUUGAUAUAUCUAAAAGCAGCGUUAUCAGAAACCCUAAGGCUUUACCCUUCGGUGCCUCAGGACUCAAAGCAUGUAGUUUCCGAUGACGUGUUGCCAGAUGGUACAUUUGUGCCGGCGGGAUCUUCGGUGACUUAUUCGAUAUAUGCGACCGGAAGGAUGAAGUCUACAUGGGGCGAAGAUUGCUUGGACUUCAAGCCAGAGAGGUGGUUGUCUUCGGAUGGAAAACAAAUUAUAAUGGUCGAUUCAUACAAGUUCGUUGCAUUCAAUGCAGGCCCUAGAAUAUGUUUAGGGAAACAUUUGGCGUAUCUUCAAAUGAAAUCGGUUGCGGCAGCAGUGCUGUUGCGCCACCGUCUCUCAGUUGUUCAGGGUCACAAGGUGGAGCAAAAGAUGUCAUUAACAUUGUUCAUGAAAUAUGGGCUUAAAGUUAAUGUGCAUAAGAGAGAUUUGGAGGGUACCGUGGCAAGAAUAAUAAAGAAGGGUAAAGAAGGAGAGUCACGUCAGUUGUUGCAUGGUAAUAAUGAGGUAAUUGCCGUUAGGUGUAACGGAGUUAGUGAGAGUAGUACUGGGAAGGGAGUGGUGGUUGGGGUUGUUUAA